CCCCUACCACCUAUGGUGCACGCAUUUUUAGCGUUGAUCGUCGGAGCCAUAUUCGUCGGAACUUCGGCAAGCCUCGCCGAGACUCGUCUCUACAAUGAACUACUUAAUGGUUACAAUCCUUUGGAACGGCCAGUGGAGAACGCUUCGCAGCCGCUGGUCGUGAAAAUCAAGAUGUUUUUGCAGCAGAUCCUCGACGUGGACGAAAAGAAUCAACUCAUCUCAGUGAACGCCUGGUUGAGCUAUAGUUGGCAAGAUUACAAAUUGACAUGGGAUCCAGCCAAAUACGACGGUAUCCAGAAUGUUCGAUUUCCCGGAUCGGCCGAUCAUAUCUGGAAACCUGACAUUCUACUAUAUAACAGUGCUGCUGAAGAUUUUGAUUCGACGUAUAAAAGUAAUCUACUGGUAUACUCAUCUGGUGAUGUCAACUGGAUUCCGCCUGGAGUACUGAAAUUCGUCUGUAAACUAGAUGUUACAUGGUUUCCAUUUGAUGAUCAAAUUUGUGAAAUGAAAUUUGGCUCAUGGACUUUUCAUGGGUAUGCUCUUGAUUUACAAAUCGAAACGGAGAAUACAAACAGCAGUCAUUCCAUGGAUAUUUCAACGUAUGUAAUUAAUGGUGAAUGGGAUUUGGUAAGUUCACCAGCAAUACGCGAAGUCAAGUAUUAUAAAUGCUGUCCGGAGCCUUAUCCUACAGUCAAGUAUUUCCUACAUAUUCGACGACGUACUCUAUACUACGGUUUCAACCUUAUCAUCCCAUCACUUCUGAUCUGUUUCAUGACUGUGCUCGGCUUUUCUUUACCUCCAGAUGCUGGCGAGAAGAUCACUCUUGAAAUGACAAUUCUGCUGGCUAUAGUAUUCUUUCUAAGCAUGGUCGCUGAAAUGACGCCUCCAACAUCGGAUGCAGUACCACUUAUUGGAGUAUUCUUCUCAUGCUGUAUGUUGGUGAUAUCGGCUUCUGUGGUGUUUACGGUGCUCAUUUUAAAUUUGCAUUUUCGAAGUCCGGACACGCAUGAAAUGAGUCCAAUUAUGCAAAAGGUUUUCAUGGAAUGGUUGCCAUGGAUUCUGUGUAUGUCCCGUCCUGGCUAUACAUUCAUAGGCGGAGUAGCCAUUGCAGACGAAUUACCUCCAUUGAAAUCAAAAUUGGAACGGCUACCCAUCGACGAAAUUCCAGCUAGGAAUCCUGUUAUCGAAGCCCAACUUGCACUUUUGCAUAAGGUUUACGAGGAAAUCUCCGAGGUAUGCAUCUGCGACUACUUGGAAAAAGAGGAACGGGAAGAACGAAUCCAAGCCGAUUGGAAAUUUGCUGCUAUGGCCGUUGACCGAGCAUGCCUUAUAAUGUUUUCAGUGUUUAUUGUAUUGUCUGCCAUCGCCAUACUCCUCUCAGCACCUCAUAUUGUUGCCUAG